UGAAUGAUAAAAAUAAACGGUGAUUAUAUACAAUGCUCCUUUUGUAAAUGGUCCUUCAAGCGUUUAGUGUGAUUCAGACUGUUUGUUUACAAAAUGCAACGUGACACACAAACAAUUGCAAUUUUUGAUGUUGAUGGGACUCUUACUGCUCCCCGGAAGAUGGUGGAGGCAGACAUGGAGGAGUUCCUGAAGAAGCUGAGGUCAAAGGUGAAGGUCGCAUUGGUUGGAGGGUCUGACUUGGUUAAAAUAGCUGAACAAAUGGGAGGAGAUGAUGUGAUACACAAGUUUGAUUACGUAUUUGCUGAGAACGGUUUAGUUGCUUUCAAAGAUGGUAAACAAAUAGGACAACAGAAUCUGCUAAAACAUAUGGGAGAGGAAAUUCUUCAAAAAGUUAUAAAUUUUUGUCUACAGUAUAUGUCACAGCUAAAUCUUCCAGCUAAAAGGGGAACGUUUGUAGAGUUUCGAAGCAGUAUGUUAAAUAUAUGUCCCGUUGGUAGAAGUUGUUCACAGGCAGAGAGAGACGAGUUUUCAGCUUAUGAUAAGGAACAUAAAAUACGUGAGAAGUUUAAAGCAGCGCUAGAGAAAGAGUUCGCGAAUGCAGGGCUACAGUUUGCUAUCGGAGGACAAAUUAGUCUUGAUAUAUUCCCAGUAGGCUGGAACAAAACUUUCUGUCUCCAAUUUCUAGAAAACGAAUUUGAUACUAUGCAUUUCUUCGGAGAUAAAACUGCUGAGGGAGGAAACGAUCAUGAAAUCUUUGCAGAUGAACGGACGAUUGGACACACAGUGACAUCCCCGGCUGACACAAUAAAACAAGUGACAGAAACUAUUCUAAAUGCACUUUAACAAUAAUGAAUUUUAGGAUACAUUUUUAAAUUAUUACAUCAUAGCUUGACAAUAAAUUAUAGGUAUGAUAAUUUUAUUUGAAGAUUUUUAUUUUGAAUUAUUACAUUAUCACAUGACUAU